AUGUCCUCUUCGAUCCAGUUACUCAACCCAAAAGCAGAGUCGUUGAGACGCCAGCAGGCGCUCCAGGUGAACAUCGCCGCCGCCCAGGGCUUGCAGCAGGUGCUUGCGUCCAAUUUGGGCCCCAAGGGCACGUUGAAGCUUUUGGUGGACGGUUCAGGAAACCUCAAGUUGACCAAGGAUGGCAAAGUGUUGCUUACGGAAAUGCAGAUCCAGCACCCUACGGCGGUGAUGAUCGCACGUGCUGCUACUGCCCAGGACGAAAUUACGGGUGAUGGCACGUCUACGGUGGUGUUGUUGGUUGGAGAGUUGUUGAAACAGGCAGAGAGGUUUAUUUCAGAGGGAGUACACCCUCGAGUGCUUGUGGAUGGGUUUGAAAUUGCCAGGGAGACGUCGUUGAAGUACUUGGACAGUUUUAAGACGCAGCCUGAGCUGUUUGAUAGGGAGUUCUUGUUGCAGGUGGCCAAAUCGUCUGUGGCUACGAAAUUGACUUCUGACAUUACAGACGUGUUGGCGCCGAUCGUGACGGAUUCCGUUUUGGCGGUGCUGGGCGACGAUGCCGAUAAGAAGAACCUUGAUUUGCACAUGGUGGAGAUUAUGACCAUGCAGCAUGGCCACGCUAGAGAUACCACUUUCGUCAAGGGUCUUGUUUUGGACCACGGCGCCAGGCAUCCCGAUAUGCCACGUGUGGUGAACAAUGCGUUUGUGUUGACGUUGAACGUGUCGUUGGAGUAUGAAAAGACGGAGGUGAACUCUGGGUUCUUUUACUCGUCCGCUGAGCAGAGAGAGAAGUUGGUGGCUUCAGAGAGACAGUUUGUGGACGCCAAGUUGAAGAAGAUUGUGGACUUGAAGAACGAGGUUUGCGGGUUAAACGGCGACCACGGGUUUGUCAUUAUCAACCAGAAGGGUAUCGAUCCAAUGUCUUUGGACGUGUUGGCCAAGAACAACAUUCUUGCUUUGCGCCGUGCUAAGAGAAGAAACAUGGAGAGAUUGCAGUUGAUUGUGGGCGGCGAGGCCCAGAACAGCGUGGACGACUUGACGCCAGAGAUUUUGGGCCAGGCUGGAAAGGUUUAUGAAGAGAGCAUUGGCGAGGAUAAGUUUACGUAUAUCACUGAGUGUCCUGAGUCUAAGUCUGCUACCAUUCUCAUCAAGGGCCUGGCUGCACACGAGUUGCAGCAAACCAAGGAUGCUGUUCGUGACGGUUUGAGAGCUGUGGCCAAUGUGAUCAAGGACGAGUCCAUUGUUCCAGGUGGAGGCGCCUACUUUAUGAGCUGCAACCACCACUUGCUUGCCAACGACACUGGAAUCUUGAAAGGCCGCAACAAGCCAGGGAUCCAGGCAUUCGCCGAAGCUCUUUUGGUUGUUCCAAAGACAUUGAGCACCAACGCCGGUUUGGACUCGUUGGAAGCUAUUUCUUCUUGCCAGGACGAAAUCGCCGAGAACCGCCAGGUUGGCAUUGACCUUGCGUCUGGCGAGCCCAUGGACCCAGCGCUUGAAGGUGUUUGGGAUUCAUACAGAGUGUUGAGAAACGCCAUUUCUUCAGCCACAGGCAUAGCGUCGAACCUCUUAUUGUGUGACGAGCUUUUGAAGGCCGGCAAGUCGUCGUUGAAGGGCGGCCAGGGCGGCGGUGCUCCUGGAGGCAUGCCACAAGGAAUGCCCCAGGGAAUGCCUCAGGGCAUGCCACAGGGAAUGCCUAUGAUGUAA